CGCGCAUUCCCAGCGUGGCGAAGAGCUGCUGUCGGCGGGACUUCCGUGUUGGCGGGAUUCUGAACGCUGCCAUGGCUCAGACCGUGCAGAACGUUACAUUGUCCCUCACUCUGCCCAUCACGUGCCACAUUUGCUUGGGGAAGGUACGUCAGCCUGUUGUAUGCACCAACAACCAUGUGUUUUGUUCCAUUUGUAUCGACUUGUGGUUGAAGAACAACAGCCAAUGUCCAGCCUGCAGAGUCCCCAUCACUACUGAAAACCCGUGCAAAGAGAUUAUUGGAGGAACCAGUGAGAGCGAGCCCAUGCUGAGCCACACUGUCAGGAGGCACCUUCGCAGGACCCGGCUGGAGCUGCUCCACAGGGAGUACGAGGAUGAAAUAGAUUGUUUGCAGAAAGAGGUAGAAGAACUUAAAAGUAAAAAUCUCAGCUUGGAGUCACAGAUCAAGACCAUUCUGGAUCCUUUAGCCUUGAUGCAAGGCAGUCAAAAUGAAGACAAACCUCCAAUGGCCGAUAAUCCAAGUAAAAUUGACCCAGAAUCAGUAGUAGAAUGGAAGAAAAAGCUCAGAACAGCCAAUGAAAUAUAUGAAAAAGUAAAAGAUGAUGUGGAUAAGUUAAAAGAGGCAAAUAAAAAAUUGAAGUUGGAAAAUGGUGGCCUGCUGAGGGAGAAUUUGCGGCUGAAGGCUGAAGUUGACAACAGAUCUCCCCAAAAGGUUGGAAGGUUUACAGUUGCUGCUCUUCAGUCCAAAGUAGAACAGUAUGAACGUGAAACCAAUCGCCUCAAGAAAGCUCUAGAACGAAGCGAUAAAUACAUAGAGGAACUGGAGUCUCAGGUAGCACAGCUGAGGCACUCGGAGGAGACAGAGGAAGGCAUGGGUGCCCUGUGCCAGAGGGCGCCCUCCGCAGAUGGCAAGGGGCCCAAAGGCAGCGAUGACGUUGCAGCAUCCAAGAAUCCGAGUGAAGGUGCUGGAAAGCAGGCUGGCUCAGCCAAUUCAGCCUCUCACCUGGCCACACCUUCGAGCAGCAGACUAGCUGACACCAGUUCUGCCAGACAGGAGAGCACCAGCAGGACUGAACCAAACUGUCUCCAAAACAAAGACAGAUACCCCAAGCCCACAGAAGCACAGCUGGGUGCGAGAGAGACACCGAUGGACACUUAUUUGGAGCGACAGUGGGGCAGCAAGCCAAGCGACUGCGCUCCUUACAAGGAGGAAGAGCUUUAUGGUCUCCAGGCUUCCUGCACUCCCUUGUCACUCAGCUGCCUUCAGCUCAACACUCCAGAAAACAGGGAGAACCCUGUGAUCAAAGCAGGCGGUUCCAAAAAGCAUGCAAACCAUCUCAGAAAACUGGUAUUUGAUGAUUUCUGUGAUUCUCCAAACGCCUGUAAUAACAAUUCUUCAGAGGACGAUAGAAGUGGAAAUGAGAAGAAAUCAGACUGUUUUGCUUCCUCAAAGACAGAGUUUUGGGAUUGUUGCUCCACAAGCUAUGCCCAGAGCUUAGAGUUUGAUGGUUCAGAGGGGAAUACAAUUGCAAAUCCUGUUGGGGAAAUACCUUCAAAGUUGAGUGAGAAGUCAGGAUCCUGCUUGUCCAAGAGACUGAGUUGUAUUCGCUCCCUGGAAAUGAACCGGACAAGGACCUCCAGCGAGGCCUCCAUGGACGCUGCUUAUCUUGACAAAAUCUCUGAGCUGGAUUCCAUGAUGUCAGAGUCCGACAACAGCAAGAGCCCUUGCAAUAACGGUUUUAAAUCAGUGGAGUCAGAGGGGUCCUCAAAGUCACCUCAAGGCAGGGAGUUUCUUGAGGAACCUGACAAGUUACAAGAAGGAGCUAAACUGAGUCUUCCCAAAAAUGCUCUCGCAGCUGAUGGGUUAGAAGGUGGGAGUGAGUGGAAACCCUCCUCUUUCUUUCUCCUCUCUCCAUCUGACCAUGAAAUGAGUGAAGAUUUUUCUCUCCACACUACUUCUCAUUCGGGAGCUAGUGAAGUCAAAUCACAAAACUGUUUGUUUCAGACAGAGUUUUCCCAGGGUGUUCAGCUGUUAAGCAGUUCCCAAGGAUUAUUUGAGGAUCAGAGGUUUGGGUCGUCUUUAUUUAAGAUGUCCUCAGAGAUGCAGAGUCUUCCCGGCCCCCUUCAGUCUCCAUGGUCUGCCUCCUUCGUGUCUGAGAAGAGGAGCAAGAACGGGAACCAGUCCGCAAAGCGAAAGAUACAGAGCAGCCUCUCCAACGCCAGCCCAUCCAAGGCCACCAAAAGCUGACUCACCAGGGACAUAGCCUUGUAGGGUGGGGCGUUUGCAGUGUUACCUGAGUCACUUCACGAAGCUUCUCUACA